GAAGACUAGAGAAUCAUUGUCCCACACUCCCAAGUCCUAAUCGUAUCUGCUCUCAGUUUCAGUUUCAGUUUCAGUUUCGUAACCCACGUGCGAUGCCAACACAGUACUCCUGACGUCAACAAUGUGGUCGUCCUCGGCGACGGGCUCGGAACAGCCGUCGCCGAAUCUCAUCCCCUCCCUCCCGGACGACGUCGCUUUGAACUGCUUGGCUCGCGUUCCUCGUUCCCAACACUUAUCCCUGUCGCUCGUUUCCAAACCCUUCCGCUCCCUCCUCUCUUCGUCCGUCUUCUUCAACGUUCGUUCUCUGCUUCAAUGUAGGGAACACGUUCUUUACCUGGCUCUGCGCCCUCAUGGUCCCGAUGGUCAUCUUCUAUGGUUCUCUCUCCAUCGGAACACUCUCAGUUCUUCACGCCCAAACCUCCUCGUUCCUAUUACACCCAUGCCCGCCUCUUAUGCCGGAUCAGCUUAUGCAGUCAUCGGCUACAAUAUUUACGUUAUCGGCGGUUCUAUCGACAACAUCCCUUCCCCGCAUGUAUGGAUCCUCGAUUGCCGAUUUAAUACGUGGCAGCCCGGCCCUAGCAUGAGCGUCGGCCGUGAGUUCGCCGCCGCGGCCGUUGUCGAUGGGAAGAUUUAUGUCAUGGGAGGCUGCGUCGCUGAUACUUGGGCCAGAUCGACGAAUUGGGCUGAGGUACUCGAUCCGGCGAAGGGUAAGUGGGAUCCGGUUCCAAGUCCUGUUGAUUUCCGGUGGAAAUGGAUGCAUGCGUGCGCGGUCGUGGAUGGUAAGGUUCAUGCCAUGGCCGAUCGCGGUGGGGUUGUGUAUGACACACGGAAUGAGGUUUGGGAAAGCGUUGGGAUUGAGCUUGAUCUGGGAUGGAAAGGGAGGGCAAGCGUGGUGAAUGAUGUUUUAUAUUGCUACGAUUACCUAGGGAAUAUCAAGGGAUUUUAUAUGAAGAAAGGUUUUUGGAAGGAUGUGAGAGGCUUGAAAAAGGACUUGCCGAAGUUUCUGUGUGGGGCAACCAUGUGUGAUGUUGGUGGGAAAUUGCAUGUGCUAUGGGAAGAAAAGAUUGGGAAAGAAAUUCAUAUUUGGUGUGCCGGAAUUGAGGUGACUAACAAUGAAGAAGAUGAAUUAUGGGGCAAAAUUGCUUGGUCUGAUAAAGUUCUCACAGUCAAUAAAGGGUCGUCAAUGGUGUAUUGUACAGGAGUUCCGUUGUGAAUUGAUUAUGAGCUUGUGUUUGGUAAUGAGGGUGAGGAAGUGACAUGGCAGAUCUUUCUUGAUAGCAUCGCAUCUUUGCAAUUUUAUAGAAUCGCUUUGUCAUCGUUCCCUUUCUCGAGCUUAGAUUUGUAUAUAGAUGGCAUUACGUGUUGCUCUGCAUUCUGUUAAUUUAUUCUAGCUCGUUGGAUGUACAGCGGUUUAUAUUAAAUAAAUGCUGCUAAAUGAUUGACCAAUA